AUCUGUUAGUUGAGCCAAGGGUUGAGCUAAGGGUUGUGGCUUAAUUGAGGGGAAGCUGGCUUGAGGCUCCCAUUUUUUGGCAAUAAUAGACGGUUGUGGUAUGUGGGCAAAACUAGAAGAUAGAAAGUCGGUAUCUUUUACCAUCUAAGAAAACUCGUGGCCGCGAAUCGAGCGACUCUCUCUACCGGGUAAUAAGGGGCUCUUUUUCUAGGGUAUAUCCUCUCCACUGCAGGCGCGGGUUUGAUAAUCAUGUCAGUGCCAUCGUUCCUGUACUCGCAGCUCUUCAUAGAGCCUCCGGUACCCAACCACGAUUUCACCGGCCAGACGGUCAUAAUCACGGGCGGGAAUAGGGGGAUCGGCCUCGAGGCCGCCCGUCACCUUCUGCACCUCAAUGCCGCCUCCGUCAUCCUCGCUGUGCGGUCACCGGAGAAGGGAAAGGCAGCAGCUUCUGAGCUCGAAGCCUCCACCGGGCGUACGGGCGUGGUAAGCGUCUACGAACUAGACAUGGAAAGUCAUGUCUCGGUCGAGAAGUUCGCGGCCGAGAUACGUGCCUUGGACCGAGUCGACGCUGUCAUCCUCAACGCCGGCAUGUACACCCAGUUCUUCGAGCUCGCCGACGGUCACGAGCGCACGAUGACUACCAACGUCAUCAAUACGUUCCUGCUGGCCAUUCUGCUGGUGCCGGCACUCAAGUCAUCGGCCCGGAAAUGGAACAUCACGCCGCGCGUCAGCUUCGUGGCCUCGGAUCGCCACGUCCUGGUCAAUCUGCCGGAAUGGAAAACGCAGAAUACGUUUGAGACCUUGGACAACAAGGCGAAGACGAACAUGAACGAACGUUACUAUACGUCUAAACUGCUGCAGAUCUUGCUUGCACGAGCCUUGGCAGAUGCACUGGACAAACAAGGUGGCGAUGAUGCCGGCGCCGGCCGCGUCGUAGUUAAUUCCUUAACUCCCGGCUAUUGCGUCUCCGGUCUCCUCAAUGACGCCGUGGGAUUCCACGGCUUCGCGUUCUGGUUGCUCGCUAAAGCCGUGGCCCGGACAACCGAGGUGGGUGGCCGUGUUCUUGUAGCGGCCAUUACCAAGGGAAAGGAGAAUCACGGCAUGUAUCUAAAUGACGGUGAAGUUCAAGAGUCUGCGCUCUCUCCCUUCGUCAGGAGCACCGAAGGAAGCCUAGCCCAGGCCAAGGUAUGGCGAGAACUUGUCAUCCUAUUGGAGCAGACGUGCCCGGGGAUUCGGGAAAUAGUUGGGACCCAGGGAAGUCUCACUUAAAAGACACGGCAACCUAUGGGGGGAGAACAGUGAGCCAAAUUACGGGCGCUUGAAUUAUGGACACCCCAGGGCGUUAACAGGAAGGAUGGCGUUGCAUUUGGCACUAAUGGGGUUGGGUAUUUACAUAGCAGAAGUGAGACACUACAGCAAUGGCGUCAGAGAUUGGCGCAGACAGACCCC